UGGGCAGGGCUCGUUGCUGCAAAAACAAAGCAACCAAUAAAUCUUGUGUACACACAAUACUCAUAGAGAUGGGUACUAGCUCUUCCAGAGACCAUGAGGUUCAUGUGGUGGUGGUGCAGUCUCAGGAGGGUGGUCAGAUGGAUGCCAAAAUGAUCAGGGGAGCUUAUUCCGAAGCCAUGAAGAAAAAGGGUACUGCAUCUGAGCUCCAGCAAACUAGUGACAGUGGAGACCGUGCGACAAGAAGAACUCCACCCUCCCACCUCGACAUUGCCAAAGAACCAGACUCAAAUGAUCCAUACUAUUCCAAUGGCUAUAUCGGGACAACCUCUAUAUAUGAUAAUGGGAAGCAUCGGACAGAGUUUAUAACAGGAGCUGGCUACGAGAGGGGGAGGCCGGAGUCCAUUGACACCAGACGACCGUCAGAGGGGUCUACUAAACGCCAGAGAAGGCAGGGAGUAACAGGAAAGGUGUCUAGCAAAGACCUACAGAGCAAAUCCUACCACCGCCAGUACAACAGCCAUAUCACCGGAGGCACCUACAGUACAAGCACGCUAGAGACUCAGAGCAUCAAUGAUAGAGACACUCCUCACACACAAGUCGAGCUCUCACCUGUGAGUGAGAGUUCAGUCGUUGCUGCAAACGCUGGAAACAUGUUCGAGCUCUUUCGAACAUUCGAAGGAGAAGAAUUUACUUUGUAUGUGAGAGAAGAUGGGAAGAAAUUCUAUGUCGAUUUUGAAGAACAAAAGUGGAGAUACUUUCCUGAUGCUUGGGGUGACAGAGGAAACUUCCUACCAAUCGACCACGAUCCCUAUCAGGUGCAGAGUGAUGAUGGCACAACUGGCAGACAGAAGCAGUUUACUGGGGUGAGAGAAGGAGAGUUUAUUCAUCCCACUAGAGGAAAACUGGUCACAUACCUCCGAAAGGAGACAACUAAUGUUCUGUACUUCUUUGACGAGGGCACAGGAUCUUGGUAUCCUAUGCCUCUUUCUUGGGAGAGACAUGUUCCGGGAGUCACCUCAAUUAUCAGCGAAGUACAGAAAGCGUGUCCCGAGUGGAAGGAUGCGAAGUCAAUAGUUGCCAUGCUUCGCUGCUGCAAGUAUUCAGUGGAAGAGAGUGUCAGCGUCUACAACGCUAUUAAUGAUGACGGAGUGUUGGACUAUUCUGAGGCUGGAUUAUAUGGUGGCAGAGACCCAUUCAAAAACCUCACUGAAAAGAAGCUCAAAGAAACGGCUGCACAGCUCAGAGCAAUGAAUGAUAAGCAUAAAGAGGCCAAAAAACAGCUGGAGCAACUUCAAAGCAAGGUCGAUGAGCUGGAGACAGAAAACAAGAGGAUGAAGAGAGAGCUUGAGAACGGGAAAAUGGAGCAUAGAAAACAAUCCAAAAUGCAUCGGCAGCAAUCGCUAAGUCAAAGUUUCCGUGGUGGUAUUCAACCAUCUGUUAUAAGACCAUUGCUGACCAUCCUUGGGGAAGAGUCUCGAACACUCAAGGCAAAAUUUACAGCUCUUCGCAGUGUAGCCACCAAAGGACUCACAAGCUAUGCUGGCUCUUUACAUCAGCUUUCUAAGUCAGUGGAGCAGCUGGUACGUAUUCACUGGAGACAGAAGCGAGAGAUUGUGGAAGUGAGGACACUGUAUCAGAAAGAGGCCCUUCAAAGAAAGUUACUUUUCAAUGAGGUUCAAGAACUUAAGGGUAAUAUUCGAGUAUUUUGCCGUUGUCGCUAUGACAAAUCUGAUCGAUGUCAUCUUCGUUUUGACGAUGACAGAGUGACAUGCACCACACAGCAAGGUCGCAAGAAAUUGUUUGAGUUUGAAAGAGUCUACAUGCCUGACACCACUCAAGAAAAGGUAUUUGAGGAUACGAAGCCUAUUAUCACCUCCUGUGUGGAUGGUUAUAAUGUGUGCAUCCUAGCAUAUGGUCAGACAGGGGCUGGGAAGACGUACACCAUGAUGGGCGAACGAGAAGCUUAUGGAGUCAAUAUCAGGUCAAUGAAAGAACUUUUCAAGAUAUGCAACGAGAGAACUAAAGUCAAAUACACAAUGAGAGUGUCAAUGGUGGAGGUGUAUAAUGAAGCAGUGUAUGAUUUACUGGCUUCUCCGGAUGAGGGUCACCAAAAGUUGCAACUUCAGAAUAAAGGGAAGAACGUGGCUGUUCCAGGUCUGAUUGAGAUUGAAGUGAGGACGAUGGAGGAUGUGAUGAUGAUCUUCAAUGAGGGGGAGAAAAAUCGCACUGUAGCCAGCACCAAGAUGAACACCAGCAGCUCUCGUUCUCAUCUUCUGUUCUUCCUCAAAGUGGAGGGAUUUGAUGUUGUCUCCAGGGCAACAACAAGAGGGAGGUUAACCCUUGUCGAUCUCGCUGGGUCUGAGAGGAUUUCACGGAGUGAGGCGUCUGGAAUAAGACUAGUGGAAGCAGCUGCCAUCAACAAGAGUCUCUCUGCAUUAGGACAGGUGUUUGCGUCUAUUCGUACUGGUGCUCUGCACAUUCCAUAUCGUAACUCUAAGCUUACUCAUCUCCUUCAGCCUUCUAUUGGAGGAGAUUCGAAGGCAUGCAUGUUUGUGAAUGUGAGUCCCCUGCAAUGCAAUGUUCUGGAGACCAUCAGCACACUGGAGUUUGGACAGAACGUACGACAAGUGGAACUGGGAAAAGCAACUAAACAUGUUACUAGGGCUCCAAAUUAAACAUAUUUUUAUGCAUUAAGCAGUCAAUGUCUCAUGAUACACAAUAAUUAAUGCUCAUUGA